AAAGUGAAAGUAGAUGACGAAUAACUAUUCCACGCGUUACAUCAGUCAGAAUGAGAAUGUUGGAAUGAAUUUAUUCAUGUCCUGGUGUUUCUAAUAAUUUAUACAAUUAUACAGCGAAUUAUUAAGCGUGUCAUUCAUAUAUAAUGACUAUUCUGUGUUGUCUGCUAUAUGUCGCAGUCAGUAUUGUGAUUUUGAUAGCCUUUACUCUGCUAUUUCUGAGACUGUGGCUGAAAGUCAGGAGAAGGAACUACAGGGCAUCUGUAGGUGGAAGAUGUGUAUUGGGCUUCUUCCACCCCUACUGCAAUGCUGGAGGGGGAGGAGAACGGGUCCUCUGGGUGGCUAUAAGAGCAAUACAGAAAAAAUAUCCCUCUAUCCACAUAGUGGUAUACACAGGCGACACUGAUGCCACUCCUGAAGAUAUCUCUCAGCGAGCUCGACAGCGCUUUAACAUUACACUACAGCGCCCAGUUACCUUUGUAUUCUUAACAAAGCGCCGCUGGGUGGAGGCUUACAUGUACCCUCAUCUGACACUUUUAGGGCAAAGCCUUGGGUCAGUACUUUUAGGAUGGGAGGCAUUAUGGAAGUGUGUACCAGACAUUUAUAUUGACAGUAUGGGCUAUGCCUUUACACUGCCUCUGUUCCGUUACCUGGGAGACUGCACUGUAGGCUGUUAUGUCCACUAUCCCACUGUAAGCACGGAUAUGUUAAAGAAAGUCUCUUCUCGACAGGAAGGACAUAACAACCCAUCUUUCAUAACAAAGAGCUGGUUUCUCUCCACUGUUAAAGUCCAGUACUAUAAGCUGUUUGCCCUUCUGUAUGGCUGGGCAGGAAGACGAUCCCAUGCAGCCAUUGUAAAUUCAACCUGGACCUUUGACCAUAUCCAGAAGUUGUGGAAGAUGAGAGAUAGGACACAUAUCGUGUACCCACCAUGUGAUAUCAAUGAGUUUAUAAAAAUACCUCUGGAUGCUAAGCGUUCUAAACACAUCUUGUCUAUAUCUCAGUUCAGACCAGAAAAGGACCAUCCUUUGCAGAUUGAAGCAUUUUUCAAAUUUAUGUCUGGAAUCCCAGAUAACCAGAAAUCCUCAUACAAGCUGCUGUUGGUUGGAAGUUGCCGAAACCAAGGUGACAAAGACAGGGUAGAAACCCUGCAGAAAAUGUGUUCAGAUCUGGGUAUAACUGAGAAUGUGGACUUCAGGCUCAAUGUCAGCUUUGCAGAUUUGAAAUCUUUGAUGGCUUCAUCACAAGUCGGCCUUCACACAAUGUGGAAUGAACACUUUGGAAUAGGUGUUGUAGAGCUGAUGGCAGCAGGGUGCAUCAUUCUGGCUCACAAUUCAGGAGGACCAAAGCUGGACAUAGUUGUGCCUAUUAAUGACCAACCAACAGGAUUCUUAGCCUCAGAUGUGAAGUCCUAUGCAACAUGUAUGGCAAAGAUUUUCUCUCUGUCAGACAGAGAAAGGAUGGAGAUACAACAAAGUGCACGGACUCAUGUACAUAAAUUCUCAGACGCUGAAUUUGAAAAUGGAUUUUUAAGUGUAUUUGAUGAUUUAAUUACAAAAUGUACAUGAAAUUCUAUUUUUAAGUAUUUAAUGCCUACAGUGUAUAUUCUAGUACUGAAAUAAAAGCUGAAUUUUGUGA